UAUGUGUGUGUGUGGAUGUCUGCCGUGAGUCAGUAGAGUUCACUGAACCGUCGCGAGGAGACGUUUCCGCCCACAAGAAAGAUGGCGGCUCCCUUGCUGGAGAAUCUGUCGGAGUCCCUAGGUUCCCCGGAGCCAGCGGUUCGCCUCAUUUUGUCUAUUUUAAUCGGGUAUCCCUGUGCUCUGGUGUACCGGCAGUUCUUUUUCUCCAAGCCUGCCACAGUUGUGCAUUUGUUCCACACGCUCUCUGGACUGGCUCUGGCAGCAUUCAACUUUGCAGGCUCUCAGAUCUAUCACUCUGCAGUAUGCGUCCUUGUCCAAUUCCUGAUGCUGAGGCUCAUGGGAAGGACGGUAACAACUGUCCUGAGCAGCUUUAUCUUUCAAAUGGUAUACCUGCUGGCAGGGUAUUAUUACACAGCGACAGAGGAGUAUGACAUCAAGUGGACCAUGCCCCAUUGUGUCCUCACACUCAAACUCGUCGGUUUGUCAUUUGAUUACUAUGACGGCGGGAAGGAACCAUCUCAGCUGAGCGUAGAGCAGAGGAGCGCAGCCCUGCCGUCUGUGCCCUCUCUGCUUGAGGUGUGCGGCUUCUCCUACUUCUAUGGAGGCUUCCUGGUGGGGCCCCAGUUUACACUGCGCAGCUACCAGAGGCUGGUGGCAGGGGAGCUCACUGACUGCCCUGGAAAGCCUCCGAACAGUGGUAUACCGGCUCUAAAGAGGUUUGGCCUGGGCUUUCUCUGCCUGAUGAUAUUUACAAUAUUUAGUCCAUACUACCCAGACAGCUACUACUUAACAGAUGAGUAUGAGGCUCAGCCCUUCUGGUAUCGCUGUGUGUUUAUUCUGCUUUGGGCUAAAAUCACCCUGUAUAAAUAUGUCAGCUGUUGGGUUAUAGCGGAGGGUGUAUGUAUAUUAACGGGACUGGGCUACAAUGGUGUAGUGGAUGGUGAGCACAAGUGGGACGCCUGUGCCAAUAUGAAGGUGUGGCUCUUUGAAACCACACCGCUUUUUGGAGGAACCAUCUCUUCCUUCAACAUUAACACAAACGCCUGGGCUGCCAGGCACGUCUUCAAACGGUUGAAGUUCCUGGGCAAUAAGACCCUGUCUCAUGUGGCCACACUCCUCUUUCUGACCAUUUGGCAUGGUCUCCACUCCGGAUACAUAUUGUGUUUCUCCAUGGAGUUCUUCAUCAUCACUGUAGAGAGACAGGCCCAGGCACUAGUGAAGGACAGUCCCUCGCUGACGAAGCUGGCCAACAGCGCGCUCUACCCCCUCAUCUACAUCGUCCAGCAGUUUAUCCACUGGCUCUUCAUGGGCUACCCCCUCGUGCCAUUCUGCCUCUUCACCUAUGACAAAUGGCUCAAGGUGUAUUCGUCCGUCUAUUUCUGUGGUCACCUAUUCUUCCUCGUAGCCUAUUUAAUCAUGCCAUACCUCCGUAAGGCGCUGGUGCCUAAGAAAGAACGGAGUGAGAAGAAGCAGGAUUAAAACUUGGUACUAAGACUCGGCAUGGUCCGUCUAAGGCGAAAUAUUCACUGAAGGGAACUGUGACUUUCGAGGAGCAGAAUGGAAAAUAUUUUAAGGCCUUUAGUAAUAUAUAUGUCCAUGUAAAAAUAAAUUUCUAUAUAUUUUUGUGUUUUAAAUGGGAAGGGUGUUUUUAUAAACAUUUGGAGAAAUGUUUACAGGAAAUGACCAUCGUGCCACAUGGGGUAAUUGUGAGCCAAUCAGGGGCGAUUUCCUGUUUUUUUUUGUUUUGUUUUUUUGGUAAAGUCAUGUUGGACUUGUGGAACUUGAGAGACUUACAUGCUGUCGACACAGAAUUGCACUCAACAGUCACGGGUUCAGAGUCUGUCAUUGGCUCUGAUAUGUGUUUCUUUUUUUUGUUUCAUUUCUUUCUCUCACGUCUACCACCUGCAUUUAGCAGCCGCAACACGACUUCACAGGAGGUUAAAGCACAGCGCCAGCGUGUGUGGCACUUUCUAAUGUAAUAAUACAAAAAAUGCUUUCUGCAAAAGACAGAUGAUUAUAAUAAUAGUAAUAAUCAGGGGGUUGUUUGUUGAAAAUGGCUGCCAGUGGUUAUACAAGCACUGUAAAUCACACACUGUACACUAAUCCCCAACUCAAAAAUGGCCUUGUAUUAAUGAAUGUUUUUACAGUACAUUUGUUUUGGUUUUAAUUUGAUUUGUGAUGGAAAAAAAAAAGACUUGAUUUUAUAGAAUUUUAACAGCUUUUAUGAAAAAGAACAUUUUGUAGCUUUGGGAUAAGAUUUCAUGAAAUAUUUUGCAUUGCUCCCUCGCCUUUCCUCGUUUGUUUCUGGUUUCCUCCUCUCCCUCAGUUCAAUCUCCACUCCUCUGUCUGCCUUGAUUCAAGCCCUCAGCUCUGAAAUGCACAGAUUGUGAGAAUGAAUAAUUUCAGAUGGAGACUUGCACACUGCCCAAACAUACCGUCACUACAGUUAAUGGUUGUGGUUCAUCCUACAGUCACUCUGAUCUCCAUAAAUAGGGUGUUGUUUUGAAUUGAAUUGUCUCAUUUUUUAUUUU